CCAACGCAGAGGUGCUGCCUCGCCUUCACCUUCAGCCUUUGCAAGAGGCGGCACAGCGGCAGGGGCGCGACUGCGACUUGUCGUCGUGCGUCGAGCCGCAUGCUGCGCACCAUCGGGGCGCAAGAGCAGGCAGACUUGCGCCGCAGCUUGCACAGCGUUCAUUUGCGCGCCUGCUCGCAUGCGCUGACCUGUCGCGCCUCCUGCGCACCUCUCGCACCUUGCCUGAUGCUGCUUCAUGCUGUCUUGAUUCCCCUCAAAGCUCGGCAACUGCACGCUACAAGCUCACGCUCCGCCGGCUGCGGGCACAUACGGCAUGCCUCCGCUGCAGCAUGCAGGCUUGAUUGGCAGCAGCUGCAGCGCAACAUCAGCAGCUGUCAGUCACUUCGCCGAUCCGGCGCAGCAGCCUGCUGCAGCGCGCGCUAUGCUCGGCGCAGGCUGCUGAGCCAGCUGGGUCGCAUGUGUCUCCGCGCCUGGCCUUGGCGCCGGUGAGUCGAGUGUGUCCACCGCAGCCGCAGCAGACGGCAGACAUGCUCACGUCGCGUGAGCACGCCUGCCUGGCAGCUGCCUCUCUCUUCGUGCCGGCGUCUGUUGAAGCGUAUUAUUGAGUGGGUAAGUGCUGGCAUGACAUGAGAGAACGACGGGUGGGAUGGGAGUUGAGCCCGAAUGGGAGU